AUGGAGGACAGUAAUGCUGUGAAAAAUCCCAUUGUACCGGGUACAAAAUUACGCAAAGACGAGGGAGGUGUUACCGUUGAUGAAACUCUGUAUAAGCAAGUGGUUGGAAGCCUUAUGUAUUUGACUGUAACUAGACCUGACAUGAUGUUUGGUGUUAGUUUAAUAAGCAGGUUCAUGGCUAGGCCUACUAUGGCACAUUGGCUGGCAGCAAAGAGGAUUUUAAGGUACCUAAAAGGUACAAUUAAUCUGGGUAUCUUUUACAGGAAGCAAGAAUACAAUCUAAAACUGGUGGCCUUCACUGAUAGUGAUUAUGCCGGUGACUUAGACGAUCGAAGAAGCACUUCCGGAUUUGUGUUUAAAUUGGGAGCGAGAGCUAUUUCUUGGGCCUCAAAGAAACAGCCGGUUGUCGCUCUCUCCACCACGGAGGCGGAAUACAUGGCAGCAGCUUUAUGUGCGUGUCAAUGUGUUUGGCUUAGAAGAGUGUUGGAAAAGAUUGAAGUCGAGGAAAAAACAGCAACUAUGAUCAUGUGCGACAAUAGUUCUACUAUACAACUAUCUAAAAAUCCUGUGUUUCACGGAAAAAGUAAACAUAUCGAUGUGAAAUUCCACUUUCUUAGGGACUUAGUAAACAACGGAGUUAUCAAGUUGAGCUAUUGUGCUUCUGAGAAUCAAACUGCGAACAUUAUGACGAAGCCAUUAAAAUUGGAACAAUUUGAAAAGCUUCGUGGGAUGCUUGGAGUUACGGAUAUUACUGAAGUAAGCUAA